AUGCAACCUCUGAGUUUUAAGAAUGAAGAUUAUAAUAAAAUUAAAGCAGCUCAUUUAAGUCGGGGGAUAUUUUACGAGGAUGAAACCUUUACUAACGUGGUGACAAGUUUGCAAUCUCUGUCUGGAAGUAUUCCAGAUAAGCCCCAGUUUAAGCGACCAAAUGAUAUAUCUGAUAAUGCUGUUUUAAAAGUUGACGGUCCUCCUGGUGCAAUUUGCCUUGGAUCAUUAUCAAAUGUUAACAUUGUAUUAGCAAUGUCAAUUGUUGCUGAACGGAAUAAAUUUUUGGAUGCACUAUUUCCAGAUUUGAAGGAACUUAAUACGUUUGAAAGAUCCACUGGGAUGCUUGGUGGUUUCGAUCACUUAGAAAACGUGCGGCUAGAGGACGCUUUAGAAGACCUCACUGGCUGUGUUCUUGAUACUUUAUCAUUCAACAACCUGUCUGGCGCUAACGAUCUUCGGCGUAUACAAACUUUUGAAGUUCUUGAACACGCUUUGACAGAUGGAGCAAUUAUUCUUUUGUGCACCAAAUCCAAGUUAACCUCGGAUAUAAAAGAACAUGAUUUAGCACCGAAUAAUGGUGCCUUAUCUGCCAAUGAAAGUGGUACCUCUUUUGAAGAAUUAUGUGCUCCAAGGUGCCUGGGAUGUGUAGAUCCUGCUACUGGCCUUUGUUCAAAUUAUGCCUACAUGUUAACAAAAACUUGCCUAGUACCUCGAGAUCUAAGUGUCAAGGGAGCUGUGCUUUCGGCCCUAAAAAUUACUCAAGACCCUCCUAAGGAGCGGUUGCUCCGAUUGCGUUCGGUUCUUACAGUAGCUUCCAAGUCUUCAAGCUUUGGCGAGUGGAAAGGUUCCUACUCUGAUAGUUCCAAGGAAUGGGAAGAUCUAACAGUGAACCAAAGAACUCGUAUAGGCCUAGUGAUUUCAACAGAGGCUGAGUUCUGGAUGCCUUUGGCUGCAUUAGUGGAAUUCUUUGCGGGUGGGAUUGUUUGUCUUUUGCCCAAGACAGGUCUCUUUAAUCAGUGGACCUUAGCUGAUUACCAUGGAUCGUGGCCUGGCGAGAGGAGUGGGGGCGGGCUCGGCUUCCGGAAAUCCUUCCUUCAAAACCCACAGUACAUGUUCCAGGUGACAAAGGAUACGCCCGAGGAAGUUCUUGUUUCUCUUACGAGAAAGUACACCUGGAAUUCCGACACACAGUCCAUAGUUGAAGAACCCUCCCCUCCUCCUAUUGGCUUCGGUUUACUUAAAGUAGAGAAUAAUAGGGAGGUGCGUGCUCAUGUGCUGUCGCUAUGCAACAUCGUCGAUGUGCGAGGACCGAAGCCCCAUCGGGCCAUAUUCGGACGCUACCACCUAGAGAAAGGGCGGUACAUUUUGGUUCCCUUCUUGGAGGAGCCGCAGCAGGAAGCCAAUUACUACCUGCGUCUAUUUUUCCCGCGUUCUCUCCUUAGUAGGGAACUCAUCCAUGACCAGCCUCCACGUGGAGUUUUUGCUCUUUUCACCAGCUCACCAAUAAUAAUUACCCGGGUGGAGCUACGAAAAGGCACUAACUUGGCUCGUCUCAAUUCGCGAGGUGCACCUUCGCCAUAUUGUCGAGUGAGUUGUGAGGGCUCCAGCUGCUGCAGUCAAGUAAAGACAAGCAACAGCAACCCCAAGUGGAACGACAGCUUCGUUUUUUAUCGCUCGAAACCCACCAAGCAGCCGAUUAAACUUGAAGUAUUUGACAAACACACCAUCGGAGCAGACGAAUUCCUUGGGGAGUGCAUCAUAAACACUCCCGAAUCGACUGGAACUGGAGACUUCGACUUGGACCUCUACUCAAAGCCAACGGGAAACGAGGGAAAAGUCAGACUAAAGGGGACGAUCUUCGUCUCCAUAUACACAGUCGAUGUCGAAAACUACAUGGAUAUAUGA